AUGUAUCGCCCUGCACCACGAGCGGACCCGCCUGCCAACUCUGCUAGCGGUCGCACCAACCCUUCUCGCUCUGGUGGUGCAGUGGGUGACCCUGGUCCUUCUACGCAGCGCGCUGCUGAGCCGAGCACGCAGGCUUUUGGCUCUCUGCCAAUCACCCUGCCGCCAUUCAUCCAUGGCAAAACGGACGUGGCUGCGUGGUUGUCGAUGAUGACCGACCUGUUCAAGGCGCACAAGGUCCAAGACGACGCUCGCGUCGUCGCUGCCACCACCGUGCUGGACCAGAACGCACAGCGAGUGGUGUAUGGCAGCAAGAUCCAGGCUGAGGCGGAUAGGAAGCCGUUUGGGUGGGAGGAAUUCGCAUCUGCACUCAAGCAAGCUUUCCAGGUCCAGCCGACUCAGCUGGAGGUGCGCAGCCGCCUUGAGAAGCUGCAGUGCGGGAACCGCACAGUGCAGCAGUACGCCGUGGAGUUCGAGGAGAUCUGGCAGGGGCAGCAGGCUGACCACAAGGCCAAGAAGGUCAACGAGGGUGGACCAAGCAAUGUCCAGAGCUGCUUCAAGUGCGGCAAGCCUGGACACAAGGGCUAUGAGUGCCGCCACCGCAAGGCGGUGAAGUACUCUGGCAAGUCCAAGACGGACAACAAGCGCCAUGAUGGCAGUGGUCCCUCGGGCAGCCAGCGGGAUUUUGCAAAGCCCAACUAG